UCGCGGGAGGUGGCGCGCGGGCCCGCGGGCCGUGACGCACGGAGGCUGGGAGGGCGGGGGGCGGGGCGGUCGCUCAGGGUGCUUAUAAGGGCGGCCUCCGGGCGCGCAAAAUCAGAGCGAGCGGCUUGGUCCGAGAGCCGUAGAGCGGAGCGGAGCUCGAUCCGGAACCCAGCCCCAGCCCCACCAGCCUCGAGCACAGCCCCCGAGCCGCGCAGCCCCGCGCCAGCUCCGCGCCCCCGGCCGCCCUCCGCGCUUCUCUCGGCCCCGCUCCCGCCAGUGCGGCCCUCCGCCAAAUGAAACUGGCCGCGAUGAUCAAGAAGAUGUGCCCGAGCGACUCGGAGCUGAGUAUCCCGGCCAAGAACUGCUACCGCAUGGUCAUCCUCGGCUCGUCCAAGGUGGGCAAGACGGCCAUCGUGUCGCGCUUUCUCACGGGCCGCUUCGAGGACGCCUACACGCCCACCAUCGAGGACUUCCACCGCAAGUUCUACUCCAUCCGCGGCGAGGUGUACCAGCUCGACAUCCUCGACACGUCCGGCAACCACCCUUUCCCCGCCAUGCGGCGCCUCUCCAUCCUCACUGGAGACGUUUUCAUCCUGGUGUUCAGCCUGGACAAUCGCGACUCCUUCGAGGAGGUGCAGAGGCUCAAGCAGCAGAUCCUCGACACCAAGUCUUGCCUCAAGAACAAAACCAAGGAGAACGUGGACGUGCCGCUGGUCAUCUGCGGCAACAAGGGGGACCGGGACUUCUACCGCGAGGUGGAGCAGCGCGAGAUCGAGCAGCUGGUGGGCGACGACCCCCAGCGCUGCGCCUACUUCGAGAUUUCGGCCAAGAAGAACAGCAGCCUGGACCAGAUGUUCCGGGCGCUCUUCGCCAUGGCCAAGCUGCCCAGCGAGAUGAGCCCGGACCUGCACCGCAAGGUGUCUGUGCAGUACUGCGACGUGCUGCACAAGAAGGCGCUUCGGAACAAGAAGCUGCUGCGAGCCGGCAGCGGCUGUGGGGACCCCGGCGACGCCUUUGGCAUCGUGGCGCCCUUCGCGCGCCGGCCCAGCGUGCACAGCGACCUCAUGUACAUCCGCGAGAAGGCCAGCGGUGGCAGCCAAGCUAAGGACAAGGAGCGCUGCGUCAUCAGUUAGGAGCCUUCCCCCACUCCAGCCCCCCACCCCCACCCCGCGCCGGCGACAGAACCUAAGGAGGACGUUGUUGUUGAAAAGUCACGUCUGACGUCCGGGCCAGCCCUGGGUCGCGCGCGUGAACUGGCAUCUUCCCUCCCCGCGCCCGGUACUCACUAGGGGGCCGCAAACGAUGAAGGAAUGGCCCUCUGCUCUGGAAGGGUUAGAGAACUGGCUUAGACCGGGACUCCCGCCCCCGCCAUCCCCCAUGGGCGCCUGCCACCCCCACGGGUUGGGGGCACAGGCCCGGCAGAGGGGGAAGUUGUCUUGUUUGUGACAAAGACAAGAAUGGGGGAAGGGGGGGGGUGUAAGUUAAUCAGCCUCUGUUAGGCUUUGGGAAACCUGUUCUGACCCCUGGAGGGUCUAGACGGGACAAAUGGGGCAUUAACUUGUCUGUGAUUCUGGGUUGCCAUGACAGCUUAGGAAAGCUUCUGCCCUCCUGAGAAUAAGGGGGUGUGGGUCAGAUCAUAGCCAAGUGACUUGUUUACAUGUGUGUGAAAUUGCACAAAGGAAAACAAAACACACAACUUGCACUUUAAUAGUUCUGAGGUCAUCAUGGACAUGAACAAACUCUUACUCAGCUGUUUGUACUGUGUGUGACAGUCUUUAAAGUUAUUGCUAUUGUUUUUUUUUUAUAUAAUACCAAAUAAAAUAAUUUAAAACAGAAA